CCGAUUGAGGUCGUUACUGAUCUGUAUACAGUGAUAACGAGUCUUUCGUAUCCAACGUAUCCACGAAAAAAAAUUGUUUUUAUUACGUAUAUAUUUAUAUAUGUGUUAAACGUUAAGUAUUACGUGAACGCUUGAUCGUUUACUCUGUACUUUUAUAAAUAAAAAAAUGUCACGCGUUCGGUAGAUUAUGUAGAUAUAAUUUUUUCGAUAAAACGUUACCGGCGAUUACCGGCGUUUUAUUCAAUUCACGAGAAUUUAUAGUUUUGCCGAACUAUGAAGAGAGUGAUACUUUUUGUGAAUGGCACUGAUGUUAAUGGCAAGGUAUUUAUGAUUACACAUUCUUUAGAUGAAUUAUUGUUUGCUGCUAGUACAAAGUUUGAAAUCAAUGCUAAAAGAAUCUUUACUCCGCAAGGCGGAGAAAUUGAUGAUAUUAAGUUGAUUAGAGAUGAUGAUAUAUUAUAUGUUUCAAGUGGAGAAGAUUUUAUUUAUAAAAAUAAAGUUGCUAAUGACGAUCAAAUCAAUGAAAAUUCAGAAUGGAUUACAUUGAAUGUUGGAGGAAAAUAUUUUACUACUACAAGAAGUACAUUAACAAAAAAUGAACCGAUGAGUAUGCUAGCCAGAAUGUUUACAAGGACACAAAAGUCUGAUUGUAUGUUGAAACCAAGUCUGAAAGAUCCCAAAGGUGCCUUUUUAAUUGAUAGAAGUCCUAUAUACUUUGAACCAUUAUUGAAUUUCUUAAGGCAUAAUUUAAUGAUAUUAGACUCUAAUGUUAAUGUGAAUGGUGUGCUUGCAGAGGCUCAUUAUUAUGGAAUGGAAAAUGCUAUAUGUGUUCUUACAAAAAUGGCCAAUGAAAAAAACUCACCAGCAGAUGGUCUCAUAACUUUAAGCCGCAAACAUGUUGUAAAAGCAAUUAUGUCCACAUCACCAACUUCAGAACUUAGAUUUCAAGGUGUCAAUUUCUCAGGUGCCGAUCUUUCUAAGUUGGAUCUUAGGAACAUUAAUUUUAAGUAUGCUGUUAUGGAUUCUUGUAAUUUAGCAGGUGCUAAUUUAUCAGGAUGUUGUUUUGAACGAGCUAAUUUAUCUCAUGCCAACUUCCAAGGUGCACAACUUUCUUGUGUAAGAAUGCCAUGUGCCAAUCUGGCUUCUGCAAAUUUACGUUCAUGUAACUUUGAAGAUCCUAAUGGUUCACCUGCAAAUAUGGAAGGUGCAGAUUUUCGAGAUGCUAAUUUUGAAGGAAGUAAUAUGCCAGCAGUGAACUUGAGGGUAGCCACAUUAAAGAAUGCUAUUUUACGAAAUUGUGAUUUAAGAUCAGCUGUAUUGGCUGGUGCAAAUUUAGAGCGUUGUGACUUAUCAGGCUCAGACUUACAAGAAGCCAAUUUACGUGGAGCAAAUUUGAAAGAUGCUACGUUUGAAUUAAUGCUUACACCAUUACAUAUGUCUCAAACCAUUCGGUAACAAUAAAAGAAAUGCUAAUUCUUAUAAUUUUUUGCUUAUUGUGAUAUAAAUGUGGUUUAUAUUUGACUUGAAUGAUAUUUUAGUCAAAUAAUAUAAGUGGCAACAUUGAUAAAAUUUUAAAUGAUUUGUAAAAUCGAUAUUUUAUAUUUAUAAUUCAUUUAGGUAAAAUUAUUAAAUUUUGUUUAUAUAUUUUCAUUUAUUUUCUAUUUAUAAAAUAUUUAUUAGAGAGAAGAUUACUCAAUACAAUUUCUUAAAAAAAAGAAAAAAAAAAAAAAUUGUAAUGAAAGAUAACAUUUACCAUAAUUUUUAUGGUUAUGGUAAUUUUUUAUUUCUAUUAGGUAAAAUGAAAAUUGAUAAGGUAGAAUUUAUAAAUUAAG